AUGAGUGUAUGGCCCGUGCAAGGUCGUCUCCGUACGCCAAAGAUGCUCUUUCUCUGGCCUCUUCAAAUUACCAAGAUACCAAGUAACUUCUCGCCGUCUUUCGUGCGAGAAGUCCUGCAGCUCGCGAUGCAUAAGGCUGCCAUGAGCCUCUCGGAGAGCAAGCAGGCGUCGAGCGGGUUUGAAGAUAUCGAUAUCGACGUUCCACAUGCAGUUUUGGCGGACAUAAUCCAGGUUUACUUUGAUCCUGCGGCCGGCGAGCAAGCAGUUACCAUUCCGCAGGGUGUGUUUCAGGUGAAUGGACGCGAUAUGAUGAUCAUUCUUGUGCCGCGUGAGUCCAAGACUACUACUCUGUAUGCACAGCCUGUUCCGAACCACACAAUCAGUCCCAUAUCUCGCUCUUUGCUGCAUCAUGUUGACGAAGAGCAACACCAGUUGACAUUACAAGCAUACAGUCAACUCCCGCAACAGGAGUUUCUCAUACCACAUCAAUCAUGCACGGACCGCAGUGACGGGAAGCUAGAGGCAUCACGAGAAGGUACCCCCGAGAGUCAGUCCAUGUACUCGGAAAUGCGUGCGCCCUCGGAGGAGGGGGAUGGCUACGCCUCUCUGGAUGUGCAGACUCUCUCGCAACCACGGCCUUGCACCCCAGAAACCCAGGACGUCAUGGCUCGCAUUAGAGCGUAUGUUAGUUCCACAACCCCUGUUCCAUCUCCCGCCCAUACGGCUUUCACCACGGUCCCAUCGAGUCCACCGUACUCGGUUCUGACCUUACCCUCUGAUCUACGGAAGCAACACAGAUCUCCUCACGCGUUUUCGACGCCAUUGGCGAGGUAUAACUGCCGCACCGUUAGCAGCACAUCCUUGGUCUGCUCGCCGCAAUUUGGUGUCAUCACUCGCAUUUACCUCAUCAACCUCGUGGGUACUCGACGCAAAAUCGGUGUCAAGAAGAUGAUUUCAUCUUGUCCAGGUCAAAAGAGGCUGCCGGGAUGUGGCCCUCGUCGCCGAGAGCUCGGAUGCUCUACGUGGCCCAGUUGCGCGAUGGCGUUGAUGAAUCGCUUGUUGGUCACGUUGUCCAGACGAUCCAACCAGCGAGGAUGCCAAGUUUUUGUACCAUCUUCAAGUUCUACAAAAUCCUUACCGUCCUCGAGUGGCUUGUGUUGUGACAGGCUCUCAAAGUCUUUCUCGGAAAUACCCAAGAGCGACCACGACAUCGAAUGGAUGAGUCGCUGUAGUACCGGCGCUGAAUUCGCCUUCGCCCUACCACCUUGUGCACUCUCGCAGCUCUCAAGAUGA